AGCGAUGAGAUUAGCGCUUCCAGUUACUCAACAUCAUAUAUGCCCCUGCACUCGAUUGCGCCAAAGAGUCCAUUGAAUAUAGAGUCGCCGGUUAGUGAUAAUGGAAAUGUUGGAAAUUGUAUAGCCUCAGCUAAAGAAACUGCAACAACGGUCAGUUUUCCGCCUAUGGCAGAUGCCGCAAUGGCGCUGGGACCAGCAAAAUCUGCAAUGUUCAACAAUUACCUACCACAUAAUUGCAUGCAAGCAAAACCUAAUCUCUUAACGAAUUUUACGCUUGCAACUGGUGAUUAUGUGCUACCCGAUGCAUUGCCUAAGAUUGCACCAGCACAGGAAGAUAAUGAAAAAGCUCAAACAUCAUUACAGCAACAAAAGAAUAACCCUAUAGUUUCAUACGGUUAUGUUACAUCCGAUUUUUGGUCACAACAAAAUACAUUGAAAUGAAUCUCAACCAAUCGAGCUUUAGGAAAAUAUUAUCGAAGCAAUGCUGCCAAGAAGAAGAAGGACAAGAUCAGCUACGUUUGACUCAUGUAGAGUUCAAUAGUAAAAAAUAGAUGCGUUGAUAAGCAUGGAAAAAAACAAAAGAGAACAUCGAUGUACUAAAUGUUAUUCUUAUUUUUUUUUUUUUGAGAUAAUAUUUAAGAGAAAAAUAUUCACUUUUAAUGCAUUAGUAAAACUAAUGAAGCCAAAGGCUUGCAUACGAGUUGAAAAUAACUUUAAUUCGAUGACUUAUGCGACUGAUUUAUUGUUUUUAUAUAAAUUUACUUGAUCGGUAACAUGUAUAUGUAUAGAUGUACAUACAUACAUACUUAUGGCAACCAUCAAUGCAAAAGGUCCUACAUUUAAAUUUUACGCGAGAAGCUAAGAACGUUUAAAACUUACACAGUAAAUAUUUGCAGAACUGUUGCUGAACAUACUAAGAAAACUCUUUUUUUUUUUAUAUGGCUUUGAAUUUUCUUGGAGCAGUGUAGCUGAUAGCCAACUAAUGUAAAUAAUAAUAAUAAAAGUACGGCCUUAUGCAUUGAUAAUUGUUUUAAUUUAGGUAACAAGUGUUGAAUGUUGUAGGACUUUGAAAUCAAGGUAUUUGCAAUAUGAAAC